AUGGUGAGUUGGAUUUUGUGUUGCUGCUGCACUUUUCAUCAUUUUAUUUCAGGUUUACUAAAACUAAAUUCGGCUUCUUUGUUUUUGUUAGGAAUCGAUGAUGACAAGUUCACCAUCGAGCUGCAUUACAAAGGAGAGGUUGUGUAUGUACUAGAUGAAGACUUGUGUUAUUUUGGCGGGGAAGUUAAGUACCUGGAUUGGAUAGAUCCAGAUUGCUUGUCUUUGUUUGAACUUGACGGAUAUCUUGUUGAGUUUGGCUUCUCAGAAAGUGUCAGGAUGUUGGAGGAAUAUAGAAUGAAGAAUGGCUGGGCAUAUUAUUGGAGGCUACCAGGAGAACGAUUGAAGGAAGGACUUCAAGAGCUGAGAAGUGACAAAGAAAUUAUGGACAUGGCUGCCAAGGUUAUUCAAGAUACGAAAUUUGUAGAGAUCUACUUGAUCAAUAAAGAGGAAUUAACCAAAGCUAGCCUAGCUGAAGUUCAACAUGAAAUGGCAGAGAUACUAUCCAAGUCUAAUGAAACUGAAAGUGGCAGCAAGGGAAGGACCGAGUUAGAAGAUGAUUUGGGCUGCCAAAACAAUGUUGAUUAUGUUGAAAACAGGGAACCAAAUGAGUUUGACACUGAUCACCUUGCAGAGAGUGACCCGGAACAAGGUUUGGAUGCUGAUUUUGAGGGCAAUUAUGAAAAUAUGGAGGGACUAACCAACGAUGGAGAGGGUGGCAGUCAUGAAAUAUACAUUGAUGAUGCAUUUGAUGUCCAUUCUGAGGAUGAUGUAUAUGAUUCAGACUACCUAGGCAGCAUCAAUUCAGAUGAUGAAGAAGAGGUACAGAGGGUUCCAAGUCAUCCAAGGUACCCAGAGUUCAAUUCAGAGAAGGACAUGAGCGAUCCCCAUUUCUGUCUACGUCAAAUUUUCAGGGAUUUUGAUACGUUCAAGGAAGCCGUGAAGAGCUACUCCAUAAACAGCAAACAACCACUAAAGUUUAAGCAUAGUGACAGUAAAAGGGUCCAAGUUGUGUGUCAAACAGGUUGUCCAUGGAACAUAUGGGUUGCCCCAACUGAUGAUGGAAAGGCAGUUCAGAUAAGAUCUUGUUGUCUAAAGCAUGAGGGGUGCAUCAUGAUGUUCAAGAACAAUUUUGGGGAUGCUAACUACAUAGCUCGAAGGUACCUGCAGAGGUUUCAGGCUGAUCCACAAUGGGGGGUUGCGUCAAUUGUCCAAACAGUUGCAGAAGAUUAUCAUUGGACUAUUUCAAGGUGGAAAGCUUGGAGAAUUAGACGUAUUGCCUUGGAUCUUUUGAGAGGCAAUGCUAAGGAGCAGUAUCAUAAACUACAGGACUACUGUGCUCAAGUUGUUAGGACAAGUCCUGGUUCAACCUGUUUUGUGGAAACAUCUCAGCAUUCCAAUGUCUUCAAGCGGAUGUAUUGUUGUUUACAACCUUGUAAGCAGGGGGCUGCUUUCUGCAGAAAGGUAGUUCUUCUCGACGGAUGUUUUUUGAAAACAGACUAUGGAGGACAAUUACUCUCUGCAGUUAGCCUAGAUGGGAACGGGGGGAGUUUUCCUUUAGUAUAUGCCGCAGUCAAAGUUGAGAAUGGAGACAACUGGACUUGGUUCUUAAACCAAUUGUGUCGAGACCUUGAUAUCUUCAAGGAUUCAGGAAAAUGGACAUUUAUGUCAGAUAAGCAAAAAGUAAGAAUAUUGUUAUAA